UAUCCCUCCUUUCAUUCUUCAUCGGCUACAUCAACAUCACGUAGCCAGUCAUCUAUUCUCCUUCCAACCGAGCUAAGACGGGGAAUAACCUUCAAGUUGCCUCAUGUCGUAGUGUAACGCCUCUACCUUCAACUUACACAUAAGUCUAAGACAACCCGAGCCCCUCUCCCAUUCUCUUUGUAAGGAACUUCACCUUUUAAAGUAGCCGCGCAACUUUAGCUUGUCUACUACCUAGGACUAUUUUACGUACCUAUACCCGAACAUUGUCGACGACGUUUCUGAUAACCGUGGGAACCCGCCGCUAUCUAUCUAAUCAGUCUAGCCGCAUUGUUCCUGUUCCAUCCCAUCCUAUCCCUCCUGAAUAUCGGAACUAAACAAAGAACCUUAUAUAAUACCUAGUAGUGACCCUCAUAUAUUCUCUUCCUCCUACCUUAUCUUUCACAAGCUUCAUUCUCAACCUUCCGAGAUAUCCCCAUAGGAUCCAUUGGAUUUCACUCACAACAUCAGAGUCAAGAUAAGGGGAUAGCCACCUACAUCACUACCUAGAAUACGCUCGGAGUAAAACUUAUCGCCGCUCGGGAUACACAACCAGCCACCAUGGCGUCCACCGACUCUAUCCUACAAGGCGUUUCUAUCUCCGGCACGAUCCAGCCAGAGCACAAGAAGAUUCUAACACCACAAGCUCUCGCCUUCCUAGCUCUACUUCAUCGCUCUUUCAAUGGCACACGCAAGGCCCUGUUAGAAAGACGUGUAUUGCGCCAGGCCGAACUUGAUAAGGGAAACCUACCUGACUUCCUCACCGAGACAAAGCACAUCCGAGAGAACCCGACAUGGAAGGGUGCACCGCCCGCUCCUGGUCUUGUCGACCGAAGGGUUGAGAUCACGGGCCCGACUGAUCGCAAGAUGGUUGUUAAUGCUUUGAACUCGGAUGUAUGGACGUAUAUGGCCGAUUUCGAAGACUCGAGCGCCCCGACAUGGGAUAACAUGAUCAAUGGCCAGGUCAACCUAUACGAUGCCGUGAGGCGUGAUGUCGACUUCAAGCAAGGUCCCAAGGAGUACAAGCUACGAAAAGACCGCGUACUGCCCACCCUAAUCGUGCGACCUCGCGGCUGGCACCUCGAGGAGAAGCACGUCACAGUAGAUGGUGAACCCAUCUCCGGCUCGCUAUUCGACUUCGGCCUGUACUUCUUCCACAAUGCGCACGAAGCCGUGAAGCAGGGCUUCGGCCCGUACUUCUACCUACCUAAGAUGGAAUCACACCUCGAGGCGCGUCUAUGGAACGACGCCUUCAACCUGGGACAGGACUACAUCGGAAUGCCACGCGGCACAAUCCGCGGUACAGUGCUGAUUGAAACGAUCCUCGCUGCCUUCGAGAUGGAUGAGAUCAUCUACGAGCUGCGCGACCACAGCUCGGGUCUUAACUGUGGUCGCUGGGAUUACAUAUUUAGUACCAUCAAGAAGUUCCGCCAGAACUCGGAUUUCGUACUACCGGACCGUAGCGCGGUUACGAUGACGGUGCCCUUUAUGGAUGCGUAUGUUAAGUUGUUGAUCCAGACGUGUCAUAAGCGUGGUGUACAUGCUAUGGGUGGUAUGGCGGCGCAGAUCCCGAUUAAGGAUGAUAAGGAGGCGAAUGAUCGCGCGAUGGAAGGUGUACGCGCGGAUAAGUUGAGGGAGGUUAGGGCUGGCCAUGAUGGAACGUGGGUAGCGCACCCGGCACUAGCACCUAUCGCAACCGAGAUUUUCAAUAAGCACAUGCCGACGCCGAACCAGCUAUUCCGACGACGCGAGGAUGUUAAGAUUGGCCAGAAUGAUCUACUUAACAUGAACGUCCCUGGAAAGAUUACUGAGGACGGCAUCCGGAAGAACUUGAAUAUUGGUCUAGGCUACAUGGAGGCCUGGAUUCGCGGCAUCGGAUGUGUCCCGAUUAACUACUUGAUGGAAGACGCUGCCACAGCCGAAGUUUCCCGCUCCCAGCUCUGGCAAUGGGUACGCCACGGCGUGACGACUGCUGAGGGCAAACGUGUUGAUAAGGCGUACGCGUUACGCUUGCUCAAGGAACAGACUGACCAACUUGCGUCUAAGGCGGCUAAGGGUCAUAAGUUUGGUCUUGCAUCGCAGUAUUUCGCGGGUCAGGUCACCGGGGAGGAUUAUGCGGAUUUCUUGACUACGUUGUUGUAUGAUGAGAUCACGGCUGUGGGGAAUGCGGCACCUGCUAGUAAGUUGUGAGGUUGCUCCCUACGGCCAGAGAUUGGAGGUGGGGGGAGUGGUAGUGAAUAAUGCAAUUGCAAUGUUAUAUGACGGCGACGAGAAGAAAAAGGCGUACUAGUACUUGAAACUGCGCAGUGGAACGGGCGCUUUUGUGCGCGUGUAACUUAACUUACUGGCUUACUGAUGUUAUCAUGAUGGAAACGAGACCUGAAAAUAAAUAUCUGCGUUUUGUUAAAGACGACUGAGUUGUUUAAAUGCUACUACUUGUCUGCU